CGCGCAGGGAAGAUGGCGGCGCCCAGCGCGGCGGGGCUGGCGGGGAGGCUGCGGGCCUGGCUGCCCCGGAUAAUGCCGGUGAGAUGGAGCCGCUACAACCCCAGCUACCUGGAGCCAGAAGUGAAAAAGGAAUCGUAUGAGAGACCUUUAGAGGAGCUGUCUGAGGAGGAAAGGGAGCAAAUGGAACUUAAGACUGUUCGACCAAUCAAAGCUGCUCUUCCCACUCUCUCCAGUUCCGUGUUCAGUGACCCUAUGAUCAGUAAAUUCACCAAUAUGAUGAUGAAGAGUGGAAAUAAAGUGCUAGCCAGAAACCUCAUGUCUCAGACUCUGGAGAACAUUAAAAGGAAGCAGCUGGAGAAGUACCACAAAGCUCCAGAAAAUGAGAAGGACACAAUUGAAUGCAACCCCUAUGUAAUUUUCCACCAGGCUCUCAAGAACUGCCAGCCCAUCAUUGGGCUUAGCAGCAUCACCAGAGGAGGCAAAACCUACCAGGUGCCCGUCCCGCUGACGGACAAUCGGAAGCGCUUCCUGGCCAUGAAGUGGUUGAUCACCGAGUGCAGGGAGAACAAGCACCGCCGGACAAUGAUGCCAGAAAAGCUCUCCCAGGAGCUGCUCCAGGCCUUCAACAACGAGGGGCCUGUCAUCAAGAGGAAGCACGUCCUGCACAAGAUGGCAGAGGCCAACCGGGCGUACGCCCACUUCCGCUGGUGGUAGGGACCCUGCGUGGGACACGCUGCCACGGCCUGGAGAGCAGAGCCCCAGGGCUGCCAGCCUGGGAGAGGGAAAGGUGGAAUAUCCCUUGCAGGCAGCUUCUGAUCUAACCCAGGGAAAGCUCACAGAAUCCCCACAAGGUUGUUUUUCUUUGUGCUUGUUUGGAUGGGGGAAGGGGAAUCUGAGUUACCAGCCCCAGCAGGGCUGCUCCAGUUAUUUCAUAAUCACUUCCCUGUGAAGACAAGCCUUAGAUGUUUUUCUUUCAGCAACGCUAAACAAAACCAUCUUUCACUUACCUGUUUCCUGGGGAAUCUAAAAGUCUCUCUGCUCCUCAAAUCAGCAGAUUUUGGUUUUGGCUGCAGAGCUAAGAGCAGAGCUGGAUCCUCUUCCACAGGGAUUGGUACAACAGGCAAUAAAAGGCCUUUUUUGAUUUUUUGGGUUUUGAUCAUCAGCAACAUGGUCUGCACAGAUUUGAUGGGAAUGUUGACAAAAUAAAACCAGUUUUAUGAGA